GCAUUGAAUUGGAACUAAUUUGAAAGUACACACACACACACACUAUGUCAAGUGGUGGAGCAGCUAGUGUAAUCACAAUGAAAGCAACCACAGCUGCAUUCCCACAAUCUAAUGCACAAGCACAAAAACAACAUUCUCAAAAUAAUUUACAACCAACUAAUGUAUUUGAUCAACAAUUACAAUUACAACAACAUCAACAACAUCAGCAUUUGUUACAACAACAACAACAACAGCAGCAGCAACAACAACAACAAUUACAACAACAGCACAAUCAAAAUCAACACUCCCAAUUGCAUCGAUUAUCUCAGCCACAUUUAUCUGCAUCAUUGCAUCCUGCUCAAUCGAUUGCUCAAAAUGUUGUUGCCGGUGGUGGUGGCGGCGGUGGCGGUGCUGGUGGUGGUCAUCCAACUCAUCCAAGUGUCUUCCCAAAUGCUGAAUUUUUUCAAACUUUACAACAAACUGCCGCAGCAGCUGCAUUGCCCACGGUACUUCCCUAUGAUCAAUCACAAUAUAUUGGUCAAUUAAUGUAUUUCCCAUAUCCAACAGCGGCUGCAGCAGCUGCCAAUGGAUUAUUUAGUGCUGCUCAAUCGACUGAUCCAACGCAUCAUAUGUCUGCACCUGGUGCAAGUGGUGGCACUCAAGCAACAAUUAUUAAUCAAGCAUCAUGUAAUGCUGCCGCUGCAGGACAAUUAUUAAGUGGUGGACUUGUCUCAGCUACACCUAGUGGAAUGAUGACUUUAAAUAAUGCCACUGGUUCAAAUCAAAUAAAUCAUGCUAAUCAUUUGUUUGCUUCUGGUGCUGGCUUAGUCGGUAUUGGUGGAUCCGGUUCAAAUGCAGUAUCAGUGUCGACAAAUUCCGCUUCCUUGGCACCUUUAUUUACAACAGCUCAUUUCUAUCCUCAUCAUCAUACACAACAGACUGCUGGUCAACAGCAACAACAGCAACAGCAACAACUUCAAAUUCAUCACCAGCUACAACAACAACAACAACACCAUCCGCAUACAUCUGUACACAUGCAACAUGUUCAAUCGUUGGCAGGUCAUGCCGGUGUUCAUUUACAACAACAACAGUCCGCUGCUGCUGCUGGUGCUACUGUCCUAUUGCCAAGUUCCAUGUUAUCCUCGCAACAAACUCAUCAACCGGUGCAUUCAACAUCACAGAAUCAUUCAAAUAAUAAUAAUACUACUAACAAUAACAAUAAUAAUAAUAAUACUAAUGAAAAUAUGCAAAAAUCCGAUGAUAAAUUACAAUCUAAUACACCAGUGCAUACACCACAAAAACAAUCAGAUCAAGAAUUAUUAUCACAAUCCACUCAAUUAGGUACACCAUCACAAGGUAAUAAUAGUAGUAUGGAUGCUAGUUCAACUACAGUGAAACGAGAUAACAAUGGUACAGGACAUUUUGUAUGUGGUGUAUGCGGUCGUGAAUUCGGUAUGCGAUGUCGUCUUAUAGCGCAUACUCGACGUCAUACUGGUGAACGUCCUUUCCCAUGUGCUGAUUGUGGACGAGCUUUUUCCGAUCGAGGAAAUUUACAACGUCAUCGUUAUACACAUUCAAGUCAACCAAGAUUUCAUUGUACAGUUUGUGGAAAAUCUUUUCGUCAAGCCUCAUGUUUAUCUAAUCAUCGACGUUUCCAUUGUGCUGGAGCUACAGGUCGUCCUUGUCCUUUCUGUCAACGUUCUUUCCGUUCUUCAUCCAGUCUUCAAAUGCAUAUCCGAUGGAAACAUCGUGCUGAUGCUGCAGCAGCUGUGGCCGCGGCAGCGGCAGCCGCCGCAGCUAGUGGUUCAUCUUCACUUUCUGAAGCAUUCACACAUUUACCAGGAUUAACAUCUUAUGUUUCAACUGCCACAGUGAAUGGUAUCCCAACAAUGUCUUUAAAUGGAAAUGAUCUACAACAUGCAAUCCUCAUGUCUUCUGCAUCUAUCCCUAGUCAUAAUAAUCAUAAUAAUAAUGAUGAUGGAACAAUGGAUUCUAUUUUAGGUACAACCCUAACCAAUACAACGACAACAAAUAUUGGAUCACCGAAUAAACGAAAAUGGCGUCGAAAAUCCAAACCGAAACAAGCUCAAAAUGCAUUUGGUAAAUUGACCGGUGAUGGAUUAAACAUUCUAGCUGGUAUUAAUCUAAGCGAAGGUAUCGAUGUGAAUGCUGCUGCAGCGGCUGCCGGUGCUGCCGCAGCUGCUAUCGGUGGUCCAGUUCCAUUAGAUCGUAAAGGUCGUCCAUGUAAUUAUCCUUGUCCGGCAUGUCCACGUCGUUUUGCUUUUCAAUGUCGUCUUGCUGCACAUCUUCGAUGUCAUACAAAUAUUCGUCCAUUUAUAUGUAUUGAUUGUGGUCGUGCAUUCACACAACGUGGUUAUUUAGUACGACAUGCAGCUGUGCAUAAAUUGGAUAGACCAUUUUCAUGUGGCCUAUGUGAUCGAUCAUAUAAACAUUAUGGUUCAUUGGUGAAUCAUCGACGUACCCAUAGUAAAAGUGGCAAUGGUGGUGGUGGCGGCGGCGGCGGGAUUGGAACAAAUCUUAAUAAUUUAAAUCUAUUAGGAACAAUUACAUCAACUACAAAUAUUGGUGGUACAUUGUCAAGUUUAGAAGAAGUAGUCAGUGGUGCAUUGUUAGGACAAUCACAUAAUAAAACGGAUUCAUUAUCCGAUUCAAUUAAUAAUAAUGGCAGUAAUAAUAAUAAUAAUGGUAAUCGAUCAACUACUACAACAAUUACUUUGUUGCCAGUGAGUAAAGUCGAAGAAAUAUUACCCGGUGAUUUGAAUAAUUCCAUUCAACAAGUAUGUUUAUCAUCUGGUAGUAGUAAUCUGUUGACUGUUUCUGAAGGUCAAGAUCAACAACAACAACAGCAUAGUUCCGACCAAGUCACAUCACAUCAACUUACUGCUACAGCAGUAUGGCCAAUUUUAGCUACAGGUACCGGUGUUGCUGCAGGUAUUAAUCAUGUAUCACAAGCUCAAUUAAUUCCUUCCUCUGUUGUACAACAACGACAACAAGCUGCUGCUGCCGCUGCUGCUAUGGUGUCCGGUUCACAUUUUUCCACUAUUACGAUCUCACCUACACAAUUAGUUCAAUCUAAUCAACCGUCAUCAUCAUCAUCGGCAGCAACAGCAGUUCAACAUCAACAACAAUUACCAUUGGUCACUGUGCCACGAUCUCAAUUAAAUCAAUCAAGUAGUAGUAGUAGUGGUAAUUGUACAACUAUGUUAUCAGCUGCUAGUGUUGUAGCAGCAGCUGCUGCAGCUACACCGACAUUUGUCACAUUACCUUUAUUCAAUAAUAAUAGUAAUAAUAAUGGUGGUCCAAAUGAAUCGGAUCGAUCGAUUUUGAAUAAUAAUACUAAUGGUCAGUUGACGUCAGCAUCAUCAUCAUCGUCAUCUACAACAACACCAGCAGCAACAACAACAACAACAACCGGUACACCUGUACAACAACAUCAUCAAUUUCAUUGUCCUUCAACAAGUAGUUUAUCCGAUGCAUCGUCAUUAUCAUCAUCACUGCAAUUACAGCAUCAUUUUCAAAUUGCACAAAGCACUGCCACACUGCAACAACAACAGCAGCAGCAUAAUUCUGCGACGACACGAGUUAGCAGUGGUAUGGAUUCGAGUAACAACAACAACACCAACAGUAGUACUGCUCCAGUACUGCAUGUACUACAACCAUCACCGAGCAUUUUCUUCUCACCGUAUUAUUUACCACAUUCGGCAGCAUCGCAAAUGUAGAGAGAGAGAGACACACACACAUGUGCGCCCGUAUAUACGAACACAAGCACACACACAUAUAUGUACACAUAAAAACGAACAGUUGAAAUGAUGGGGCACCGUUUGAUUAUUUAUCUACUCAUAUAUAUGUGUACGUAUGUAUAGCUCAAAUAAGAAGGAUAUCAGCACACACACACACACACACACACGUUCACAGACACACACAUAUGCAUAUGUAAAAGAGCAGUGAGUACCAGUAGUAGUAGUAGUAGUAGUUUGUCUUCAAUUGUAAAAUUGUACACUCAACAUUAGGAUCAUAUAUAUUGUCUCCUUUUUUUGCUCGAUUUUACUUGUCCCUUUCUCUAUGCGUGUGUGUGUGUAUGUGUGUAUAGAGAGAGAGAGAGAGGCGGUAGAUGUUCAUUUUUGUGCUGCUAUACCGCACACAACUAACUAACUCACUAACUACAUGUUUGAAUACCAGUAAAUUUAUUCCUCUUUUUUUUUUUCUUAUAUCUAUUCAUAAUCAUUAUUGUAAUAAAAAUGUUUUUACUCUUCUAAUUUUGUUUGUGUAAAAUGAAUGAUUGAAAAAAUUGUUUUAAAUUCACAUCAUCGUUAUCAGCAUUAUCUCAAUUCCCUAUGUGAUCUCUCAUCUGUUUAUUUUUUUGUUUCAUUUUUAUUGUUAUUGUGUUGCUCUCCCCCUUCUAUCGAUUUGUUUAUUUAUUCACUUCGUGUAAGUGUGUGUGUGCGUGUGUGUAUAUCAAUGUCAGUUUUCUCUCUGUGUUUUUCAUUUUACGAUGAUUAUUCAAUCAAUAUCAACCGAAGUCAAGAUCAUCAUCAUUGUUAAAAACAUGAUUUCCAAUUAGCCUUCCAUAGAUUUAGUGUUGUGCAUUCACAACUAGUAUGACACAUACACAUUUUUUAUUGAUCUCUUGUCUUGGUUUGAUGUUUUCUGUCUCUCUCUGCCUCGCUCGCUCACUUACUCAAAGUACUUUUUUUUCCGAAAUGCAUGAUUUACUUCACACAUUUAUACAUGUUGUCACUUACUGACUUACUCUGCUUACUGCUGUUGUUACUAUUUCUGUUUCCCCGAAUCCGCUGUCUCUCCCUCUCUGUAUUGGUCUUCAUUCUCUUCUUCAACGAAUCAACAUCAUCGCCAAUACAACACAACACAAUUUGUAAUGUGUAUUUUAUAGUACUUUUUUUUGAAAAAAAUAAAAAGUUUUUACCUCAAUCACACAAUCAAUUAAUCCAUUGCAAACAAUGAGAUAAUUUAAAUUUUUGUUUCUUAUUUUCUCUCUCUCACUUUCUUCAAUUAAUCAAUCAAUCAAUC